ACCAAUAAGAAAUCACGCUCAUGGAUGGGAUAAAAAAAAGCAGAAGAAAAAAAGAAGAGAAGUUCUUAAAUUCUCAAGAAAAUUAUAUGCUAAGUCAGAUAAUGAGAAUGUGGAAGCACAAGAGGAUGAGAAUGUAAAUGUCGUUGAGGAUGAGAAUGAGAUGGAGUAAAACAAUGAGAAUACUUCUGAAUUUGAGGAGCAUCAUGAAAUUUCUGAUAUUUGAGGAGCAUCAUGAAAUUUCUGAUAUUUUAGGAGCAUCAUGAAAUUUGAGGAGCGAAUUGGAAAAACAUUUAUCAGCACUGGAGAGAUUUUAUGGUUGAAAAAGGACAUGAGCCAAGACAUGAAGUUGGCUUUCAAUUUCCAAGAGACAAGAUUGGUGGUAGACAUUUCUCUCAUUCAUAUUAUACAAGAGAGCUUAGCAAUGGAGAGAAACAAGAUAGACGUUGGCUUGUUUUCAAAAGCAUUAAACAGAGUUUUCUGUUUUUGUUGUAAGUUAUUUAGUAAAGAAAGCAACGUUAUUCAGCUCGCAUCUACAGGCGUACAAGAUUGGAAAAAAAUCUUGGAGAGGCUUAAGAAGCAUGAAACAAGUUAUGGUCAUGUGGUGUGCAUGAGUAAGUGGACAGAACUGGAGCGGAGGCUACCAAAAAAGAAAACCAUAGAUGAACAUGUGCAUGAUGAGCUCAAUAAAGAGAAGAGUCAUUGCAAAGAUGUGUUGCUAAGAAUUUUUGCAUUGGUAAAGACUCCUGCUAAACAGAAUUUAGCCUUUCGUGGGAGUACCGAAAAGAUAGGAGAAGAUGGCAAUGAAAACUUUUUAAGCUUUAUUGAGAUGAUUGCUGAUUGGGAUCCCGUUAUGAGAGAACAUCUUAGGCGUUUUGAAGAUGGUGAAUCUAGUUAUCAUUAUAUCAGCAAUAGAAUUCAGAAUGAGGUUAUAGCAAUGGUAGUUGAUGAGAUCAAAUAUAUGAUCAUCAAGAAGAUCAAAUGUGCAAAGUACUUUUCAGUAAUUCUUGAUUGCACUCCCGAUGCUAGUCAUCAUGAUCAAAUGACUUUUAUCAUUCGAUGUGUUGAUAUUUCAUCUAAUUCAACCAAGGUAGAAGAGUUUUUUCUCACAUUUCUGAAAGUUGUUGGCACAUCAGAAGAGGAACUUUUUCGUGAGAUUGAAGAUAUGUUGAUUGCUCUAGAUUUGAAUAUUGAUGAUAUUAGGGGACAAGAGUAUAAUGAAUCAAAUAUGAAGGGAAAAUAUAAAGGAGUUCAAAAACGAUUUCUUGAUGUCAAUCCACUUGCGUUUUAUACGCCAUGUGGAUGUCAUAGCCUUAUCCUUGCAUUAUGUGAUAUGGGAUAA